GAGAGGCUCUCGUACAACUACAACCCGCCAUACGGCACUUGGUCACAUUCUUGAUCCACAUCUCUAACAUCGCUGCUGCCACUACCCUAGCCUUAUGUCAGCGAAUACUCCCCAAUCCUCUGGUGCAAUGUCCCCUGCUCAAGCCGAGGCAAGCAGCUCAACACCAACCGAUCGUCUGGUCUUGGAAUACCUUCGAUCCAGAGGGCAUGCCAAUGCAGUCAAGGCUCUGUCUGAUGUUCUUGGAACAGACCCAAGUACCUCCGCUAAAUCUUCUGAGACAACAGUAUCUUCUGAAGAGCUGCUCAAGGGCAUCGCGGUCUAUGCACAAAAGGCAUCACGGCCCGGUGAAAACUCUCUUAAGGAUAGUUCAAAUGCGGCUCAAGAGCUUAACUCCUUGAGCCCCUCAAACAUCCAGAACCUGCUCGCCAGCCUGGGCUCCAUAGGCGCUGAGGAGAUAUUGUCUACAGACCCCACCGACAAGCAGGAGGGAUUUCGUGAGCUAGAGUCUUGGGUGGAGGGCUCGUUGGACAUGUAUCGACCAGAAUUCAGACCAAUUUUGUUCCCCAUUUUUUGCCAUUUCUACUUGGAACUCGUCCAACGUGGAUUCAAAGAUGCCGCACUCAAGUUCUUUUCUUCAUUCUCUAACACUUUAGCCCCCGCCCACAAUGCAGUCCUCCAUCACCUGUCAACUCUUCUUCUGCCCGCCCAUGUUCAAAACGAUGAGCUGGCCCAGCGCUUUCGAAAUGAGAAGUAUGUUAUCAAAAUGAGUCGGUCUGGCUUUGGUCUUCUUGUGGGCUGGCUUACGGAAGGUGUUGGCGGAGAAGCAGUUGGGUCAGGAGAGGGCUUCUCGGGAGAAACUGGCAAAAGAGGGAGGUCGGCUGUGAUGCGUGUGGUAAACAACCACCUGCGCUUUGAUGUCACCGCGGCGAGCACGACUACACUUUCCUCAAGCGAAUGGGAAGAGUCGACUGGUUUACUGUCGUCUCUGAUACCGGGUUCCAGUUUAAGCUCGUCAAGCAUUCCUAGACCCCAGACAUUCAACUCCUCUAAGGGCGAACUGAAACUUGGACCUGCUCCCAUCUCCGAAGAACUCCGUGCUGAGACCGACCGCGUCCUUAGGGAACAUGCAAUGCUCGAUCGAGAUCCGGGUGCCCAGUAUGAUACAUAUUCUCGCCUUACCGCUCCACAAGGCCUUGUAUCUCCUGCGGUCGCAGACUUGCCCCCUCUUCCCCCCUCUUUCAAGACUGUAGAUGUUCAGAGAGAAGUUGAGAGAGUCAGAGACCAUCGUAAACGGAUCAGACUUGAACCAUCGUCACUUAAUUCUGUGGAUCUCAACUCCGCUGCGGGAACAGCAGCUAGAGCUAGAGGUUUACCUAGCAUAUGUGCUUAUACUCUACAUGAUGUUGGCGAGGGUUCACCAUGCAGUACCUUUUCCCCAGACAUAUCUCUGAUGGCAGCUGGGUUUGCGGAAAGUCAUAUACGCUUAUGGAGCCUGAAAGGUGAAAAGCUUAAAGCCCUCAAGAAUGAUUUAUCACCGAACUCCAUACGCGAUUCAACUUCAUUGUCCAAGCUGCAGGAAAAAGAUGGCACAACUUCGCGGAAGCUCAUAGGUCACAGUGGUCCCGUAUACUCUGUAGCAUUUGACCCUCUUUCGGGUUCUGCUGCUCCACCCAAAUAUCUUCUUUCUGCCUCUGCUGACGCUACUGUUCGUCUUUGGUCUUUGAACACUUAUACCAACGUCGUCGCCUACAGGGGUCAUCAAAAUCCCGUAUGGGAUGCGCAAUGGAGUCCUAUGGGCGUCUAUUUUGCGACUGGGAGCCGGGACAGAACGGCACGAUUGUGGUCAACAGAUCGAGUAUCUUGCUUGCGUAUAUACGCAGGGCAUUUAAGUGACGUUGACUGUGUAAGAUUUCAUCCGAACUCCCUUUACCUUGCCACCGGAUCCAGUGAUUGGACAGCACGACUGUGGGACGUACAGCGCGGUACCUGCAUCCGAGUGUUUAUCGGCCACCAAGGAACUUUGUCUUCUCUCGCGAUGAGUCCCGACGGGAAGUACCUUGCAAGUGCAGGAGAAGACUUGGCUAUCAACUUGUGGGACCUAGGCUCCGGCCGACGCAUCAAGAAAAUGACUGGUCACACUGCAUCCAUCUACUCACUUGCAUUCAGCGCGGAAUCCUCAUUAUUGGUCAGUGGAGGCGCUGAUUGGACUGUGCGAUGUUGGGAUGUCAAAUCUUCCGGCGGUCAAAAUAAAGCAAAGGAGAACGGUUCCUCGGAAGUAUCCCCAUUUCGUGGGGAAGAGAAUGAGAAUUUUGAAACUACCGACCUUGUUGCAACCUUCCCAACGAAGCGGACCCCUAUCCUGAAUGUUCACUUCACACCUCGCAACUUGUGUCUAGCAGCUGGGGUGUAUCUGGGCUCUGACCCUAAAUAGAUAUCAUAUGUCAGUGUUCUGCAAUAUCACUGGA